CAUUGUCUUAAGUCAGCACUCCCUCCAUCUACUACAACAACGCACGCUCCUUCUUUCUCUCCUACUCUCUCUCUCUCUCUCUCUCUCUCUCAUUCGCUGCCGUUGGGAUCACAUAAGUCCAAACACUCCUUUGAUGGACUCACUCUCGCCGGCGAUCGCCCCCAAAAUCGUUCUUCCGGCGAGAAAUUCUUACCAAUUCCUCGGCCCGGUUCUUCCGAGUUUGAGGCCAAGCUUCAGCCGACUUUGCAAGAAGAUUUGCGUCCAUGCGGAGAACACGACCCCUACGCCGAUCGCUCCCGCGAUUGACUUCAGCGAUCCUCAUUGGAAGUCCAAGUUCCAGAACGACUUCGAGGCUCGAUUCAACAUUCCUCACCUCACUGACAUUUUCCGUGACACUCUCCCCAUUCCCUCCACUUUUUGCCUCAAGAUGAGGACUCCCACAGAAGACUUUGCUGAUGGGUAUCCAUCUGAUGAGAAGUGGCAUGGGUACAUUAAUAACAAUGACAGAGUACUUCUGAAGCGGUGGACUUUGCCCUGGUCUUAAUGAUGUCAUCAGACAGAUUGUCAUCACUCUAGAAAUAUAUGGUGUGAAAAAGAUUGUUGGGAUUCCUUUUGGUUACCGUGGAUUUUCCGAGGAAGGCUUAAGUGAAAUGCUUCUAUCCAGGAAAGUGGUUCAAAAUGUCCAUCUUUCUGGUGGAAGCUUGUUAGGAGUCUCGCGUGGAGGACCCAAUGCUAGUGACAUUGUGGAUAGUAUGGAGGCAAGAGGAAUCAACAUGCUUUUUGUGUUGGGUGGAAAUGGAACCCAUGCCGGUGCCAAUGCAAUACACAAUGAGUGCCGUAAAAGACGGCUGAGAGUGGCUGUAGUUGGUGUGCCAAAAACCAUAGACAAUGAUAUUCUGCUGAUGGAUAAAACUUUUGGUUUUGAUACUGCUGUUGAAGAAGCACAACGUGCAAUAAAUUCUGCGUACAUUGAGGCGCAUAGUGCUUAUCGUGGUAUUGGGAUUGUGAAAUUGAUGGGUCGUAGUAGUGGAUUUAUAGCCAUGCAUGCAUCCCUUGCUAGUGGACAAAUUGAUAUAUGUUUGAUCCCAGAGGUACAUUUUAAUUUACAUGGACCCCAUGGUGUCCUGAGUCAUCUGAAAUACCUACUUGAGACAAAGGGAUCAGCUGUAGUCUGUGUGGCAGAGGGAGCUGGGCAG